AUGGAAGUCACUCCCGCGCGGGGCGUGGCGACCGAGAUUGAACGGUGCGAGGCCGGCGGCGGCGUGGAGCCGGUGCCGGCCGCGUCCGCGCAGCACGAGGAGCGCGUGCCGCCGUGGCGCGAGCAGAUAACGGCGCGGGGCCUGGUGGCGGCGCUGCUCAUCGGCUUCGUCUUCACCGUCAUCAUCCUCAAGCUCGCGCUCUCCACGGGCAUCAUCCCCACGCUCAACGUCUCCGCCGCGCUGCUCGCGUUCCUCGCGCUCCGCGGGUGGACGCACGUGCUUGGGCGCCUCGGCGUGCCCUCCCGCCCCUUCACCCGGCAGGAGAACACCGUCGUCCAGACCUGCGCCGUCGCCUGCUACACCAUGGGGUUCGGCGGUGGGUUCGGGUCGUCGUUGCUGGCUCUGAACAAGAAGACGUACGAGCUUGCCGGGGUGAGCACGCCGGGCAACGCGCCGGUGAGCUAUAAGGAGCCCGGGUUCGGGUGGAUGGCCGGAUUCCUACUAGCCAUUAGCUUCGUGGGGCUCCUCAACUUGCUUCCGCUCAGAAAGGCUUUGGUCAUAGAUUACAAAUUGACUUAUCCAAGCGGGACUGCAACUGCUGUACUCAUAAACGGGUUCCAUACCCCUCAAGGAGAAAAGAACGCAAAAAUGCAGGUCCGUGGAUUUGUGAGGAGCUUCGAGAUCAGCCUCCUGUGGAGCUUCUUCCAAUGGUUCUACACAGGUGGCCAGAGUUGUGGGUUUCUACAAUUCCCUACUUUUGGUCUAAAGGCUUGGAAACAAACGUUCUUCUUUGAUUUUAGUCUCACAUAUGUCGGCGCGGGGAUGAUCUGCUCACACCUUGUAAACCUAUCCACACUUUUCGGUGCGGUACUUUCUUGGGGAAUAAUGUGGCCACUCAUCAGCAAACAAAAGGGCAUUUGGUACCCGGCAAAUGUACCAGAAAGCAGCAUGACAAGCUUGUUUGGUUACAAGUCCUUCAUGUGUGUAGCUCUGAUCAUGGGGGAUGGCCUCUAUCACUUCAUCAAACUCACAGGCAUCACUGCUAAGAGUCUGCAUGCACAAUCCAACCGUAAACAUGUUAAGAGAGCGGCAAACGAGGAUACAGUUUCAUUUGAUGAUUUGCAGCGCAAUGAGGUCUUCACCAGGGAAUACAUUCCAAACUGGCUAGCGUAUGCCGGAUAUGCCUCAUUAAGCAUCAUUGCUAUAAUUGUCAUACCGACAAUGUUCCGGCAGGCCAAGUGGUACUAUGUCGUUGUAGCUUAUGUGCUUGCUCCCGUGCUGGGGUUCUCCAAUGCCUAUGGAGCUGGGCUCACUGACAUGAGCAUGAGCUAUAAUUAUGGCAAGAUUGCUCUCUUCAUCUUUGCAGCCUGGGGAGGGAAGGAUGAUGGUGUCAUUGCCGGCCUUGUUGGUUGUGCGAUAGUGAAGCAGCUAGUGCAAGUCUCCGCAGAUCUGAUGCAUGACUACAAGACGGGCCAUCUGACACUGACAUCACCGAGAUCACUGCUUGUCGGGCAGGCCAUUGGUACAGUCAUGGGCUGCAUCAUCGCGCCGUCUACAUUCUUGCUCUUCUACAAAGCAUUUGAUAUUGGAAACCCAGACGGGUACUGGAAGGCCCCGUACGCGCUGAUAUACCGGAACAUGGCCAUUCUCGGCGUCGAGGGCUUCUCUGCACUGCCAAAGCGUUGCCUCGAGCUGUCUGCAGCUUGCUUCGCAUUUUCUGUGCUCGUCAACCUUCUGAGGGACUUCUCGACGCAGAAGUACCGGAAGUACGUUCCCCUUCCGAUGGCGAUGGCUGUGCCGUUCCUAGUUGGCGCCAACUUUGCCGUCGACAUGUGUGUAGGGAGCUUGGUCGUCUUCAGCUGGCACAAGAUGAAGAGAAAGGAGGCCACGCUGCUGAUGCCUGCAGUUGCCUCUGGUUUUAUCUGUGGGGAUGGUAUAUGGAUGUUCCCUUCUUCCUUGCUUUCUCUUGCUAAGGUUAACCCGCCCAUCUGCAUGAAGUUCACCCGGGAAGCUAGAGAAAUGGGGGUUUCAUGGAUGGAUAGCUGGACGUGCAAUGGGAGUAUUUAG